AGGAGCACGCGCGGCCGGUUGUCAUGGCAACCGGUUGAAAACUUUUCAGUCUCAGCUGUUUUAGCCACUUUAGCUACUACUAGAAGAACUAAAGCCAGCGCUCGAGCCAGCCUCUGCUCUGAGGCGGGAGGAAAAGAGCGCGAAAAAUUAAAACGCUGUUUUUAAUGAAUGAAAAUUUCUGAGAGGAAGAUGGAUGACCCGCGGCUGGAGUGGAUCAGGGACCGAGUUUAUGCGGCUUUUUACCUGCCCGAGCCUAACUGUUUCGAGGAGCUGCUGAGCCGAGGAGACGGGGAAGAGGAGAGGAAAAUCAUCCAGUUUUUAAACCAGGUCACUGAGGAGGAAUUCACCUCAGCACUGCUGUUUUUUAAAAGAAUAUGGGAGGAAGAAGUGGAAGUGACGAUCCCCAUCGAAAAGCCGAAAGAGUCUCCAGAUCCGGAAGAACCCGAGGAGAACCCGUCUGCUGUUCCUCCGAUCGAGACCCCCAUCUCAGAGGGAGAGAAAUCUCCCACAGAGAAGAUAACAAAUGGCCGAAAGUCACCUGAAGACCUCAGCACUCUGUGUCCUACAGAGGACCCUUCAACAGAGGGAACCUUAGAACCGGUGAAAGUGGAUGAGCUUCCUCUCAGUAGAGUUGAGAUACAGACCGUGUACCACGUGGAGCUGCAUGUAGCAGUGAACUAUGUCCCAAAGAGGUUCAUGAAGUCCAAUGUGCUCUACUUCCUGAGGAACACCAAUGAGACGAUCGUCGAACCAGUGGACAUUAACGAGGCUAACGAGUUGAUGCCCAAGCUGCUGGAGAUCGGCAUGCUGAAUGGUCACCAACUCCAGAUGUUCAGGAAUGACUUCCAGCAUGUGUACAUGCCGCUGCUCUCAGUGGGUCAGAUAAAGCUCUCCAAACGAGGCCACAAGCAGGAGGCACUGAGCUCUGAAGUCUGUGAUGUAAGUGCCGAGGGGAAAGUCCAGCUGGCACCACCAGAACCCUUCAGCAUGGCGCUGGUCCGAGACGAGUUCCUUAACUACUCUUACAAGUUCAUGGGCCUUAUAGACCGAACCCUGCAGCAGCUGCAGAGUAUGAAUUAUCUACACAUCCCAGAGAUGGACCUGGACCAGGACGUGGAGACACUGCUGACCAGUCCAGAGGUGGUAGAAAAGCUGGAGCAGUGUGUAAUGAACUGGCAAACCCAAAUCACUAUCGUCCUCGAGGAGCAGAAAGAGAAGAGCCCACAGGCCCCUGGUCCGAUGGCAGAGCUGGAGUUCUGGCGUGAGCGUGCAUCUGUCCUGGCUAGUCUGUGCGAACAGCUCAAGCUCCCGGUGGUGAAGAAGAUCCUGGAGGUGAUGAACCGAGCCGACCUCGAUCCCAUGCAGAACCUGAACGAGACGCUAACAGAGCUGAACCUCUACCACGUGGAGGCCAUGGAGAAUGUACGCUUCCUUGGCACUGUGGAGAGGUACUUUAAGAACCUGGCCACAGCAGUGAACUUCAUCCUAAUCCUGGACACCAUUGCACCGCUGAUGAGGGGUCUGAGGAUGAUAUGGAUCAUUUCCAGCCACUAUAACACAGACAAGCGCAUGCUGGCCCUGAUGGACCGCAUCGUCUGGGAGCUGUGUGAACGUGUCACUUAUAUCAUCGACAUCCGCACACUUUUCAGAGACAAGCAUAAUGAGGCCAAAGCCAAAGUUCUGGAUGGCAAGCAGGUUCUGGACCAGUGGAAGUCCUGCUACUUUGCAGUUCGAGAAGAUAUCGAAAAGUCUGGCAGGGAAUCACGCUGGGAAUUUGACCGUCAAAGGUUGUUUGAGAGGACGGACUACAUGGCUUCAGUCUGUCAAGACCUCUCUGACAUCCUGCAGACCCUUGAGGAUUUUUAUAAAAUCUUUGGGCCAGAGAUGAAGGAAGUCACAGGUGAGCCCAAGCGUAUCGACGAUGUGCUGCAGAGUGUGGACAGCCUGGUCGCGCCUAUCGAGGAGCUUGACUUUGAUCCCUUUAACAUUCGCAAGAUGGAUAAUUGGAAAAAUGUCAUUCAGGACUUCCAGAGGAAAGUGCAGGGUAUCGAAAGAGAAGCCAUUUACUUCAUUGACCAGUCCUUCAAGACCCUGCGCUCGGCGUCUGUGGCCUUCGAAAUGCUGAUGAAGUUCCAGCACAUCCGCUCCAGAGAAGUGCUCAACAAUCAGAUGAUGAUGAAAUUCAAUGAUAUUUUGGUCCAGUACUGCAAAGAGGUGGACAUCAUAAAUGAGAUGUUUAUCCAGAACAAAGACAACCCACCUUUGAAUAAGAACCAGCCUCCAGUGACAGGAUCGAUCUUCUGGGAGCGUGGUCUGUACCACAGCAUUAAAAACACCAUCAUCCUGUUCCAAAAAUUGCCUGAAAUGCUGCAGAGCAAACAGGGCAUAGCUGCCAAAGCAAAGUUUCUGGAGGUGGCGAAGAGCAUGCGGGAUUACGAGGUAAAGAAACACCAACGCUGGACCGAGGAGGCGGUGCAGAUGCUGGAAGAGCUCAUGAAGAGAAACGUCCUGCUCAUGGUGAACAGCUCUCAACAGUCUGAGGAUCAGGACUUGCAGACAGGGGGGCGAUUUGUGGUGAACUUUGGCCUGGAGCUGAAGGAGAUCUUUACUGAGGCCAGAUACUUUGAGCAGCUGGGCUUCAGUAUACCUGAACAGGUCAGAGUAGUGGCUGUGCUGCAGGACAGGAUCCUCAGACACUUGAACGAACUGGAGAGUUUGACCGAUCACUACCGAUCUGCGAUGGACAAUCUGAAGGAUGCACAGUCCCACCUGUUGGCUGAGCAGAUACAGGAACUGAGGAGUGUGAUGUCCUCUGGAUGUAAAAGAUUCACCUUGUCUUCUCUGGGUCUAUCAUCAAUCUUCAUCGCUAAGGCCACCCAGGCCAUCUCCACAUUCAAGUCCCUGCUGAACCAAAUCCAGAACAAUGAAAUCAACAUAGAGGCCAAGCUUCAAGCCAUAGAGUCAGCAAACCUUUUUAAAUUCCCCGUGCCAGAAAGAGCAGGAGAACUUCCAGGUGUGAAGGAGUUCUGUGAGCUGGUGGAGGGCCAAAGAGCCAACGAUGUGCACUUGCUGAGCCAGAAGUAUUCAGCCAUCGGCCCUCUGCUGAGCAAGAUCGAGAGUCUGACCGCACAGACCCACAGCAGGAAGGCCAAGCACAUGGCUAAAUACUACACCUACUGGGAGCGCAGAGUGUUCGACUCUUUAACCAAGAUGGUGCUGAAGAACCUACAGGUGUUUAACUCCGCCCUGCUCGGCUCCACCCCACUGUUCCAAAUCGAGACCAUCCUCUCUGCUCCACUGAUAGUGCUAAACCCCAAAAGCAACGAGGUGUACAAGCUGAUCAUGCAGUGUGUGAGGGACUGUGUGGAGAGCACAAAGCAUUUUGUUCGCUGGAUGCGAGGCACGUGUAUCGAGUGUCCUCCGCAGCGUGUGGACGGCGAGGACGAGCCGCUGAUCCUGAGCUUCUACAGCGACGUGUGCCAACUGCCACAAGUGAACGAGCUUGCCGUGACCAUAUCCCAGAACACGCAGCGGCUCCUCGGCUCCGUCGCCCGCCAAAUCAAUCGGUGGAGACACUACCGGACCCUCUGGAAGCUCGACAAGGCCAUCAUGCUGGAGAAAUUCGCAGCCAAGAAGCCCUCCUGCGUGAUUUACGAUGAGAAGCUGCAGUUCUAUUUGCACAUCAGUCAGGAGGUGGCGCAACAGCCGCUGGCGAAGGACGAACACAUCAUCAGGUUGAACCUGGAGCCGCUGAGGCGCACUGUGCUGGAGAACGCUCAGGAUUGGGUCACUUCACUGGGCAGGCUGCUCAAUGACUCAGCCCGGGAGGAGUUAUACGCACUGGACAAUGAAUUCCAGCAACUGUCAGAGAAUUUAAAGAAAUCUCCGGACAUGCUGGAAGACCUAAAGUUUGUCCUCGGGACAAUCUCCAACAUCCGGAACAUGUCUCUGAGAGUGGAGAUGAGAUACAGAGACAUCCAAGAGAGAUACAGGACUCUGGCCAUGUAUAAUAUACAGGCUGCGGAGGACGAGCUGAGUCUGGUGGCCCGGAUCGAGGAUCUGUGGAAAGAAGUGUUCAAUGAGGCCCGACAGGUGGAUCACAGUCUAGGCAAAGUCAAGAAUACCUUCACUAAGAUCACCCUGGAGCAGAUAGAGCAGUAUAAGCAGGAGUUGUCUGUGUUUGCUGAGAGUUUUAGCAUGCACGGCCCAGGAGCUGUAGGAGACAACCUGGAGAAAGGACUGAUGGUUCUGGAUGCUUAUGAGGCAGAUCUGGCUAAGAUAGAGGCGAGCCGUCAGGAGCUAGGCAAUGCUGAGAAGCUUUUUGACCUUCCCAUCACCAUGUACCCAGAACUGCUGAAUGUACAACAGGAGAUGCAAGGCCUGAGGCAGAUCUACAAGAUCUAUGAGGAACAGAAGGCUGCUAAGGCAGAGUGGUCUCAGACUCUGUGGGUGAACCUGAACAUCCAGCUGCUUCAGGAAGGCGUGGAGGGUUUCAUUAAAAACCUCAGAAAGCUGCCUAAAGAUGUGAGAGCUCUUCCAGUGGCCUUUUUCCUGGAGGGACAUCUGAAAGAGUUUAAAGAGUCUCUGCCACUGCUGCUGGACCUGAAGAACGAGGCUCUGAGAGACAGGCAUUGGAAGGAGCUGAUGGCACGAACAGGAACCAGCUUCGAGAUGAACCCAGACACCUUCACACUGGACAACAUGUUCGCCAUGGAGCUCCACAAACACGGCAGUGUCAUCGGAGAUAUUGUCACCUCAGCUGUCAAAGAGCUCAGCAUAGAGAAGGGUGUGAAGGAGGUGGUGGACACGUGGGAGAACAUGAAGUUCAACGUGCAGCGCUACUUUAAAGGCACACAGGAGCGAGGCUCCAUCCUGGGCUCGGUGGAGGAGAUCCUGCAGAACCUAGACGAUAAUGCCAUGAACCUGCAGAGCAUGGCAGGGAGCCGCUUCAUUGGGCCGUUCCUUUCCUCCAUCCAGCAGUGGGAAAAAAACCUGUCACUCAUCAGGGAGGUCAUUGAGGUUUGGAUGCUGGUGCAGAGGAAGUGGAUGUACUUAGAGAGCAUCUUUAUUGGAGGUGAUAUUCGCUCUCAACUGCCUGAGGAGGCCAAGAAAUUUGACAGCAUUGACAAAAUGUUUAAAAAGAUCAUGUCAGAAACAGUGAAGGACCCAGUUAUUAAGAAGUGCUGCCUGGUACCGAAUCGCCUCUCAGAACUGCAGAACCUGAGCGACGGUUUGGAGUGCUGCCAGAAGAGUCUGAACGACUACCUGGACUCCAAACGCAACGCCUUCCCUCGAUUUUUCUUCAUCUCCGACGAUGAGCUGCUCAGCAUUCUGGGGAGCAGUGAGCCAUCCUGCGUCCAGGAGCACAUGAUCAAGAUGUACGACAACAUCGCAUCCCUGCGCUUUGACACAGGGACAAGCGGAGAGACGGUGGUAGGGGCCAUGGUGUCUGCAGAAGGGGAGGUGAUGGAGUUCAAGCAGGCCGUCCCAGCUGAUGGACGAGUGGAGGACUGGAUGACGGCUGUUCUGCUGGAGAUGAGGAGGACCAACAGGCUCAUCACCAAGGAUGCCAUCUACUUUUAUCAACACCACAAGUCCAGAGUGGACUGGAUGCUGGACUACCAGGGCAUGGUUGUGCUGGCAGGAAACCAGGUGUGGUGGACGUGGCAGGUGGAGGAUGUUUUCCGCAGGGUGAACGCUGGAGACAAGCAGGCCCUCAAACAGUAUGCCAAGAAACUGCACGGGCAGAUUGAUGACCUGGUCAUGCGCAUCACGCAGCCUUUAAAAAAGAACGACCGGCGCAAACUCAACACCGUGCUCAUCAUAGACGUCCAUGCCAGAGACAUCGUGGACAGCUUCGUCAGGGAUAGUAUUACAGACGCUCGUGAGUUUGAGUGGGAAAGUCAGCUGAGAUUUUAUUGGGUCAAAGAACCAGACGAUCUGUUCGUGCAUCAGUGUUCAGCGCAGUUCUCCUACGGAUACGAGUACAUGGGUCUGAAUGGCCGACUGGUCAUCACUCCACUUACUGACCGCAUCUACCUCACACUCACGCAGGCCCUGUCCAUGUACCUGGGUGGAGCACCAGCCGGACCUGCAGGUACAGGAAAAACAGAGUCCACUAAAGACCUGGCCAAGGCUUUGGGUCUGCUCUGCGUGGUCACUAACUGUGGUGAGGGAAUGGACUAUAUGGCGGUUGGGAAGAUCUUCUCUGGUUUGGCUCAGUGUGGAGCCUGGGGCUGCUUCGACGAGUUCAACCGCAUCGACGCCUCCGUGCUGUCCGUCAUCUCCACUCAGAUCCACAUCAUCCGCAACGCUCUCAUCCUGCAGCUCAAGAGGUUCCACUUUGAGGGUCAGGAGAUCAGCCUGGACUCACGAAUGGGGAUCUUCAUCACCAUGAACCCGGGCUACGCCGGCCGCACUGAGCUGCCUGAAUCGGUGAAGGCUUUGUUCCGGCCUGUGGUGGUCAUUGUCCCUGACCUCCAGCAGAUCUGUGAGAUUAUGCUGUUCUCAGAAGGCUUCCUCAUGGCCAAGGUGCUGGCAAAGAAGAUGACGGUUCUGUAUAAACUGGCUCGGGAGCAGCUGUCCAAACAGUCUCACUAUGAUUUCGGGCUGCGAGCGCUCAAAUCUGUAUUAGUCAUGGCAGGAGAGCUGAAGAGAGGAUCUCCUGAGCUUAAUGAGGAUGUGGUGUUGAUGAGAGCUCUGAGGGACAUGAACCUCCCAAAAUUUGUCUUUGAGGAUGUUCCUCUGUUCCUUGGACUGAUCUCAGACCUGUUCCCAGGACUGGACUGUCCACGUGUGCGCUACCCCAACUUUAAUGAUGCUGUAGAAACCGUCCUACAGGAGAAUAAAUACAUUCUCCUGCCCAAUCAGGUGGAUAAAGUGGUCCAGAUGUAUGAGACCAUGAUGACCAGACACACUACCAUGGUGGUGGGACCCACAGGAGGGGGCAAAUCAGUGGUUAUUAAUACUCUGUGCCAAGCUCAAACUAGACUGGGGCUGAUGACCAAACUGUAUGCACUAAACCCCAAAGCCAUGAGUGUGAUUGAGCUCUACGGUGUCCUGGAUCCGGUCACUCGAGACUGGACCGAUGGGAUUCUGUCCAACAUCUUCCGAGACAUCAACAGGUCAACAGACAAAAAGGAGAGAAGGUACAUCCUGUUUGAUGGGGAUGUAGACGCUCUGUGGGUGGAGAACAUGAACUCUGUGAUGGAUGAUAACAAGCUGCUGACACUCGCUAACGGAGAGAGGAUCCGUCUACAGAGUCACUGCGCUCUCCUGUUUGAGGUUGGAGAUUUGCAGUACGCUUCUCCUGCAACCGUAUCUCGCUGUGGAAUGGUGUUUGUGGAUCCCAAAAAUCUCCGCUACGCCCCCUACUGGCAAAAAUGGGUGAACAACAGGCCUGUGAGAGAGCAGGAGGAUCUGAACAGACUGUUUGAGAAAUACGUCCCCAGCACCAUAGACAUGAUAGUGGAGGGAAUCGUAGAUGGAAAACAAGGAGAGAAACUGAAGACCAUCGUCCCACAGACUGACCUUAACAUGGUGGUGCAGCUGUCGAUGAUGUUGGACGCUCUGCUAGAACCCACAGAGUUCUCCUCUGAAGAGCUGGAGAGUUUCUUCAUCGAGGCUCUGUAUUGCUCGCUCGGAGCCUCGCUGUUAGACAGCGGCCGGGAGAAGUUUGAUGACUUCGUUAAGGGGCUGUCCUGUCUUACCUCCGUCCAUGAUGAGAAAACGCUCGCUGGCCCUGGAGAACUACCCGGUUUCCUCCCAACUCUUUAUGACUUCCACUUUGAUCCAAGCACAAAGAAGUGGACUCCCUGGAGCUCUCUGGUCCUCAAAUACAUCCACAACCCUGACAUGAAAUUCAUCGACAUUCUGGUGCCCACUGUUGACACCACUCGCACCAACUGGCUGCUAGAGCAGAUGGUGAAGGUGAAGAGGCCGGUGGUGCUGGUGGGAGAGUCUGGAACCUCAAAAACAGCCACCACGCAGAACUUCCUCAACAGUCUAAACCCCGACACGACCAUGGUUCUGACCAUCAAUUUCUCAUCGAGAACCACAUCCAUGGACCUACAGAGGAACCUGGAGGCCAGCGUUGAGAAGAGAACGAAGGAGACUUACGGACCUCCCAUGGGAAAGAGACUGCUGGUGUUUAUGGACGACCUUAACAUGCCACGAGUGGAUGAUUACGGUACACAGCAACCUAUAGCCCUGCUGAAGCUGCUGUUGGACAGGGGUGGGAUGUACGACCGGGGAAAAGAGCUUAACUGCAAGAUGCUGAAGGACCUGGGCUUCAUCGCAGCCAUGGGGAAAGCAGGAGGAGGCCGUAAUGAGGUGGAUCCUCGCUUCAUCUCCCUCUUCGGUGUGUUCAACAUCCCGUUUCCUGAGGAGGAGUCACUGCAUCUCAUCUACUCCUCCAUCCUAAAGGGCCACACCAAGGCAUUUGACGAAACUAUUCAGAAGAUCUGUGACACACUGACCUCCUGCACACUGCAGCUGUAUAAAUCCAUCAUUAAAGACCUGCCACCAACUCCUUCUAAGUUCCACUACAUCUUUAACCUGAGGGAUCUGUCCAGGGUGUAUAAUGGCCUGACCCUGACCAACGCAGAGAGGUUCCUGACGGUCACGCAGUUUGUGAGAGUCUGGAGGAACGAGUGUCUCCGAGUGUUCCAUGACAGGCUGGUCAACGAAACCGACAAAGCUCUUGUUCAAGGGCACAUUAGAACCCUGAUUGAGGAACAUUUCAAAAAUGAUCUGGAGUCAGCCAUGAGAAACCCCAUCCUGUUUGGAGAUUACAGAACAGCCCUCACCGAGUCUGAGCCCAGAGUCUACGAGGACAUUCAGGAUUAUGAUGCCUGCAAGGCUCUUUUCCAGGAGAUCCUUGAGGAGUACAACGAGAACAAGACCAGGAUGAACCUGGUGCUCUUCGACGAUGCACUGGACCACCUGACCAGAAUACAUCACAUCAUCAGGAUGGACCGUGGCCACGCCCUCUUAGUGGGAGUGGGAGGGUCUGGGAAACAGUCUUUAACCAAACUGGCUGCUUUUACUGCAGGAUGUGAGGUAUUUGAGAUUGUAUUGAGUCGAGGAUACUCAGAGUCUAACUUCCGUGAAGAUCUGAAGACUCUUUACUUAAAGCUGGGCAUUGAGAAUAAGAAAACCGUUUUCCUGUUCACUGAUGCUCACGUGGCUGAGGAGGGUUUCCUGGAGCUCAUCAACAACAUGCUCACCUCAGGAAUGGUUCCAGCGUUGUUCCCUGACGACGAGAAGGAGUCCGUCCUGAAUCAGAUACGAGACGAGGCUCUGAAGAUGGGCUCAGGGCCGUCCAAAGACAGCGUGUGGCAAUACUUCGUGAACAAAAGCGCCAACAACCUGCACAUCGUCCUGGGCAUGUCUCCCGUAGGGGAGGUCCUCCGAACCAGAUGCAGGAACUUUCCAGGGCUGGUGAAUAACACUGGUAUCGACUGGUUCCUCCCGUGGCCUCCUCAGGCUCUACAUGCAGUUGCACAGACUUUCUUGGGUGAGAGUCCUAUGAUACCCCAGGCCCAUACCGAGGCAGUGAUCGGUCACGUGUGUAUGGUGCAUGGCUCAGUGGGUGAGUACAGCAAACUUUUCCAGCAGAAGCUGCGCCGCAUUAACUACGUCACCCCCAAGAACUACCUGGAUUUCAUCAGCACCUACUCUAACCUACUGGAGGACAAGGACAAAUACAUCCUUGCCCAGUGUAAGCGACUGGAAGGAGGUUUGGAUAAACUGGAGGAGGCCAGCGUGCAGCUCGCUGAACUCAACACUAAGCUGGCAGAGCAGAAGGUGAUUCUGGCCGAGAAGUCCUCCGCCUGCGAGAUCUUAUUAAACGAGAUCUCCACUAACACAGCCAUCGCCGAGGAGAAGAAAAAGUUAGCAGAGGAGAAGGCAAAGGAGAUCGCAGAGCAGAAUAAAGUGAUCUCCGUGGAGAAAAUGGACGCCGAGAGCUCUCUGGCCGAAGCUCUGCCUGCUUUGGAGGCAGCUCGUAUCGCCCUGCAGGACCUGGACAAGUCUGAUGUCACUGAGAUCAGAUCCUUCGCCAAGCCUCCGAAGCAGGUGCAGGUGGUGUGUGAGUGUAUCCUGGUCAUGCGUGGCUAUAAAGAGAUCAGCUGGAAGACGGCUAAGGGCAUGAUGUCAGAGGCGAACUUCCUGCGCUUGCUCAUGGAGAUGGACUGCGACUCCAUCACUAGUGGACAGGUCAAAACUGUCCGAGGCUUCCUGAAGAACCUGAACACGUCGUUCGAGGAGAUGCAGGCCAUCAGUAAGGCUGGCUCUGGCAUGCUGAAAUUCGUCGAGGCCGUCAUGGGUUACUGUGACGUGGCCCGAGAGAUCAAACCCAAGAGAGAGAAGGUGGCCAAGUUGGAGAAGAACUUCCACCAGAGCAUGCGUGAGCUAGAGCGGAUCCAGAGUGAGCUGGCAGAUAUCCAGAGGGAGCUGGGUGCUUUGGGGCUGAAAUACAACGAGGCCAUGGCUGAGAAGCAACAGCUGCAGGAGGAGGCCGAGCUCAUGGAGCGGAGACUCAUCGCCGCUGACAAGCUCAUCUCAGGACUCGGAUCAGAGAACAAGCGCUGGACGGAAGAUCUGGAGGAGCUGAAGAAGAGGCGAGUGCGUCUGCUGGGAGACUGUCUGAUCUGUGCCGCCUUUCUGAGCUACGAAGGAGCCUUCAGCUGGGACUUCAGAAACGAGGUGGUGUAUGAGGUGUGGCAGAAGGACGUGAUGGAGAGAAGCAUCCCCCUGAGUCAACCCUUCCGCAUCGAGAGCCUGCUCACUGACGAAGUUGAGAUCAGCAGAUGGGGGUCAGAAGGUCUCCCUCCUGAUGAGCUGUCAGUGCAGAACGGCAUCCUGACCACGAGAGCCAGCCGCUUUCCUCUGUGCAUCGACCCUCAACAGCAAGCACUCAACUGGAUCAAGAAGAAGGAGGAGAAGAACAAUCUCAAGAUCUCCUCCUUUAACGAUCCAGAUUUUCUGAAGCAGUUAGAGAUGGCAAUCAAAUAUGGCUUCCCUUUCCUCUUUCAAGACGUGGAUGAGUACAUCGACCCUGUCAUCGACAACGUCUUGGAGAAGAAUGUGAAAGGAUCCGAGGGACGACAGGUCAUUGUGCUAGGAGACAAGGAGGUCGACUACGAUCCCAACUUUAAACUGUACCUCAACACCAAACUGGCAAAUCCCAAAUACUCCCCUGCAGUGUUUGGCAAAGCUAUGGUCAUCAACUACACCGUUACAUUAAAAGGUCUGGAGGACCAGCUGCUGAGCGUCAUCGUGGGCUUUGAGCGGAAAGAGCUGGAAGAACAGAGGGAGCGUCUGAUCCAGGAGACGAGCGAGAACAAGCGUCUCCUCAAAGACCUGGAGGACUCCCUGCUCCGAGAGCUCGCCACGUCCACAGGCAACAUGCUGGACAAUGUGGAGCUUGUCCAGACACUCGAGGAAACCAAGUCUAAAGCCAGCGAGGUCUUUGAGAAACUGAAGCUGGCUGAACACACAUCCACAGACAUCGAUACACUGCGUGAUGGUUACCGUCCGGCAGCUAAACGUGGUGCCAUCUUAUUCUUUGUGCUGGCUGAGAUGGCUCUGGUGAACAGCAUGUACCAGUACUCUUUAGCCUCCUUCCUCGAGGUGUUUGACUUCUCUCUGCGUAAAUCUCUACCAGACUCCAUCCUGCCCAAGAGGCUGAAGAACAUCAUGAACGCACUCACACACAACGUCUACAAUUACGGCUGCACCGGUCUGUUUGAAAGACACAAGCUGCUUUUCUCCUUUAACAUGACCAUAAAGAUCGAGCAGGCGGAGGGUCGUGCUCCUCAGGAAGAGCUUGACUUCUUCCUUAAAGGGAACCUCUCACUGGAGAAGAGUACGAGGAAGAAGCCAUGUGAUUGGCUACCGGAUCAGGGCUGGGAGGAUAUAGUGCGUUUGACUGAACUUUUCCAAAACGAGUUUGGCUCACUGAUAGGUGACAUCGAGAAGGAUCCCACCGAAUGGAAGGAUUGGUAUGACCUGGACACCCCAGAGCAGGCUCCAUUCCCCAUGAAGUACCAGGAAAGUCUGACAGCUUUCCAGAAACUUCUGCUUCUGCGCUGCUUCAGGGUGGACCGAGUGUACCGCGUGGUCAGCGACUACGUCACCGUCACCAUGGGAGAGAAGUAUGUACAGCCUCCAGUGAUCAGUUUCGAGGCAAUAUUUGAGCAGAGCACCCCGAACUCCCCCAUCGUCUUUAUCCUGAGUCCAGGCUGUGAGCCUGCCAGUGACCUGAUGAAGUUGGCCGAGCGCUCCGGUUUCGGGACCAACAGGCUCAAGUUCCUUGCCAUGGGACAAGGGCAAGAGAAGGUCGCAUUGCAGUUGUUGGACACUGCAGUGUCUCGAGGUCAGUGGCUGAUGCUCCAGAACUGUCAUCUGUUAGUGAAGUGGCUGAAGGAGUUAGAGAAAGCUCUAGAGAGAAUCACAAAACCUCACCCAGACUUCCGUCUGUGGCUCACCACCGAUCCCAUCAAAGACUUCCCCAUCGGCAUCCUGCAGAAAUCUCUCAAGGUGGUGACGGAGCCUCCCAACGGGCUGAAGUUGAACAUGAGAGCCACAUACUUUAAGAUCCCCCUGCAGACGCUGAUGAGUUGCCCUCACCCGGCUUUCCGUAGCCUGGUCUACGUGCUGGCCUUCUUCCAUGCCGUGGUGCAGGAGAGACGCAAGUACGGCAAGAUCGGCUGGAACGUUCCAUAUGACUUCAACGAGUCCGACUUCCAGGUGUGUCUGGAGAUCCUGAACACCUACCUGACCAAAGCCCACACUCAAGGUGACACCAUGAUUCCAUGGGGCAGCCUGAAAUACCUAAUUGGAGAGGUGAUGUACGGGGGCAGAGCGAUAGACAGCUUCGACCGCAGGAUCCUCACCGGCUACAUGGAUGAAUAUCUGGGAGAUUUUAUCUUCGACUCCUUCCAGCCUUUCCAUUUCUUCCACAACAAAGACGUAGAUUACAGAAUCCCACCGGACGGUCACAAGGACGUCUACGUGGCUGAAAUCGAGUCGCUGCCUCUGGCGAACACUCCAGAGGUGUUUGGGCUUCACCCCAAUGCUGAGAUCGGCUACUACACCCAGGCUGCACGGGACAUGUGGACGCAUCUCAUAGAGCUACAGCCACAAACAGGUGAUUCUGGUGGUGGUAUCAGUAGAGACGAGUACAUCGGGCAGGUGGCAAGGGACAUCCAGAGCAAGCUGCCCAUGCCGUUCGACCUGGACGUGAUCCGGAAAAAGUUUGGUCUGGACGUAUCGCCCACCACCGUGGUGCUGCUUCAGGAGCUGGAACGCUUCAAUAGACUCAUCAUACGCAUGAGCCGCUCACUCGCCGAACUGCAGAGGGCUCUAGCCGGUGAGGUUGGGAUGAGCAGCGAGCUGGACGAAGUUGCCCGAGCUCUGUUCAAUGGUCAGAUCCCUGCUAUCUGGAGGAAACUGGCCCCAGACACCCUGAAAUCUCUGGGCAACUGGAUGAUCCACUUCAAGAGACGCUACGAUCAGUACAGCUCAUGGGUGGAUAAGGGCGAGCCUGUAGUGAUGUGGUUGUCAGGGUUACACAUCCCCGAGUCGUACCUGACGGCGCUGGUUCAGGCCACGUGCAGGAGGAAUGGCUGGCCACUGGACCGGUCCACUCUGUACACACACGUGACUCAGUACAGCAGUGAGGAGGAGGUGCAGGAGAAACCAGCUCAGGGUUGUUAUGUAUCGGGUCUGUAUCUGGAGGGAGCGGACUGGGAUGUGGAACAGGGCUGUCUGGUGCGCAGCAAACCCAAAGAGCUGGUGGUGCAGCUUCCCAUCCUCAAAGUGAUCCCCAUCGAGGCUCAUCGUCUUAAACUGCAGAACACACUGAGAACUCCGGUCUACACAACGUCCAUGAGGAGGAACGCGAUGGGCGUCGGCCUGGUGUUCGAGGCUGAUCUCUUCACCACCAAACAUCAAUCACACUGGGUCCUGCAGGGAGUGUGUCUCUGUCUUAACGCUGACUGAACUCUCUCUCUUUCUCUCCCUCUCUUACUCUCUCUCUCUCACUUCCUUGUUUAAUGUGUAAUUAUUUACAAACUGUUACAAAUUUUACAUUCAGGUUUGAUGUUUUGUCUCACUAUUAAAAAUCAACUCUACCAAAUUUCACUCCUGCUUCAGUGUCACUGAGCACUUGACGGGUUUUUACUGAAUAAUGGUCUUCUAUAGAGCAGAUACUUGAGAAGUAAUAAGUGACAGCUUUUGAAGCCAUUUACACAACCCUCAGUGCUUAAAAAAAUGUGAUAGCAGGAGAAAAUAUCUUGAAUACGAUUAUAAUAAUAAAAAAACCCACUCUUUUUCUGAACUCACUUCUUAUUUGAAACUGUUUUGUUCUUUCACUUAAUGUAACAAAAACAGGACCAUUUUAAAAG